CCCCCGGGCCCGCGGCUCGGGCCUGCGGGGCGCCCCGCCCCGCCCCGCUGGGCCCUCCCCGCUGCGCUACUGGACUCAAGUUGGAAGCCGAGCCCCGGCGGCGGCACUUGCGCCGAGCGCUCCGCGGCGGCGGAGACGCUGCACCGGCAAGCGGGGAGGGCGAGCUGGCGCCCGCACGGCCAAACACGGACCUCGGGGGGCGCCCGCACUCGGGAGCUGCAGAAGGACCGCGGGUGUCGGCGCCCAACCCCGCAAAGUAAAGUUGCAGGGACCAGGAAGAACGGCAACCUGCGCCCGGGCUCGCUUAGCCCCAGCCAGCCCGUUGGGAAGCAAAGCGUCCGGGCCGCCGCCUGCAGCCUGCAGCCCAAUCGGGCACCCGGACCGUGGAGCCGCUUGCGUGCACCAGCUUGGACACCGCAUCUCCGUGGGCUGGCGGCCGGGACGCUCCCACUGAACCCAGGCCGAGGGCGGGGCCGCGCGAGGACCCGGGACCUACCCUCCUUCCCCCCCACCGCCGCGUCGCUGCGCUCUCUGGGCACCUCCAGCUCUGCACUUACGCGCGCGGCAGCUGCGGGGAGCCCGGCAGCCACGCUCUCCGGAGCGCCGCCCGCCCGCCGGGCCACCACGGCCGAGGGCCGGCUGCGGGGCUUCGUGGCCCCCAGCCGGCGCGCCGGAGGAGCAGGCGGCGAUGAGGACGCCGACCCUGACUGCGGGGCGCCCGAGCUGCCGAGGCUGCUCCCGGGCUCCUGGCAGGACCGCGUAGCUCUCGGGAGGACCAUGGCGUCCCCAGCGCUGGCCGCGGCGCUGGCGGCGGCGGCGGCUGAGGGCCCCAACGGGAGCGACGCGGGCGAAUGGGGUAGCGGCGGGGGUGCCAACGCCUCGGGGACCGACUGGGGGCCACCGCCGGGCCAGUACUCCGCAGGUGCUGUGGCGGGGCUGGCAGCCGUGGUGGGUUUCCUCAUCGUUUUCACCGUGGUGGGCAACGUGCUCGUGGUGAUCGCUGUGUUGACCAGCCGAGCGCUGCGCGCCCCGCAGAACCUCUUCCUGGUAUCUCUGGCCUCAGCUGACAUCCUAGUGGCCACACUGGUCAUGCCCUUUUCGCUGGCCAAUGAGCUCAUGGCCUACUGGUACUUCGGGCAAGUGUGGUGUGGUGUGUACCUGGCACUGGACGUGCUCUUCUGCACCUCGUCCAUCGUGCACUUGUGUGCCAUUAGUCUGGACCGCUACUGGUCGGUGACGCAAGCGGUAGAGUACAACCUGAAGCGCACGCCGCGCCGUGUCAAGGCCACCAUCGUGGCCGUGUGGCUCAUCUCCGCUGUCAUCUCCUUCCCGCCUCUCGUCUCGUUCUACCGCCGGCCCGACGGCGCCGCCUACCCGCAGUGCGGCCUCAACGAUGAGACCUGGUACAUCUUGUCCUCCUGCAUAGGCUCCUUCUUCGCGCCCUGCCUCAUCAUGGGCCUGGUCUAUGCGCGCAUCUACCGUGUGGCCAAGCUGCGCACGCGUACGCUCAGCGAGAAACGCGGCCCCGCCGGCCCCGACGGCGCGUCCCCGACCACAGAGAAUGGGCUGGGCAAGGCGGCGGGGGAGAAUGGGCAUUGCGCGCCCCCGCGCACUGAAGUGGAGCCGGAUGAGAGCAGUGCGGCGGAGAGGCGGAGGCGCCGGGGCGCGCUGCGCAGAGGAGGACGGCGGCGAGAGGCUGCCGAGGGGGACACGGGCAGUGCGGACGGACCGGGACCGGGACUGGCGGCCGAGCAGGGUGCUCGGACUGCGUCUCGGUCUCCAGGCCCCGGAGGGCGCCUGUCGCGGGCCAGCUCGCGCUCCGUCGAGUUCUUCCUGUCGCGUCGGCGCCGGGCGCGCAGCAGCGUGUGCCGCCGCAAGGUGGCCCAGGCGCGCGAGAAGCGCUUUACCUUCGUGUUGGCGGUGGUCAUGGGCGUGUUCGUACUGUGCUGGUUCCCUUUCUUCUUCAGCUACAGCCUAUAUGGCAUCUGCCGCGAGGCCUGCCAGCUGCCAGAACCGCUCUUUAAGUUUUUCUUCUGGAUCGGCUACUGCAACAGUUCGCUCAACCCGGUCAUCUACACUGUCUUCAAUCAGGACUUCAGACGCUCUUUCAAGCACAUCCUCUUCCGAAGGAGGAGAAGGGGCUUCAGGCAGUGACCCUCUGACUGCCUCAACCUGGACCCACUGACCUCCUGGAUAGCUCCGAACUCGGGUAGACAGAGGGACCAACCAGUGUGGCCUCUCCAGAGUCCCAGGGCGGACUUCAGGGCAGUGUGUGAUGUGGCCAGCAGGAGAGACAACUGGGCCUCCGGGAGUGGGGAGGAGAGAGGGAGACCCUUUGCCUUCCCAUCUCAGCGAGGGGCUAUGGCUAGGCUGCUGAUCCAGCUCCUGAGAAGGCUUCUGUGGAGUCAGGCUACGAAGUUAGGGUUUUAGAGCUCAGAUAACUGCACCAAGAAAGGAGCACCCCCCCCCCAACUCUUGGUCUUCCCUGUGAGCAAGGGCUGACUUCCUAUGACCUGAAAAGGGCACCUGUAUGGGGGAGGACAGAUAGCACAGGCAAUCUCUGGUUACUGAGAGUGUUUGCCAAAUACAAUGACAGC